CCUGGGGCCCGGAAGGGUGAUGUGGCUGCGGUAUCGCCGGCCUCGCUAUGUCUGCCAUUUUCAACUUUCAGAGUCUAUUGACUGUAAUCUUGCUGCUUAUAUGUACUUGUGCUUAUAUUCGAUCCUUGGCACCCAGCCUCCUGGACAGAAAUAAAACUGGAUUGUUGGGUAUAUUUUGGAAGUGUGCCAGAAUUGGUGAACGCAAGAGUCCUUAUGUUGCAGUAUGCUGUAUAGUAAUGGCCUUCAGCAUCCUCUUCAUACAGUAGCUGGGGAAAAUGCCAGAAUUUAAUUGCCAUCAGAUUUCAUUGUGAACAAGGACUUACUGCAGAAAAUAAUGGAAAGAUGGUUAACCCUUCUAUCUCUGAACAUUGAAUGAGAUAAAUUUCCAGAUGCUAUUCUCUAUUUUUAUGUUAUUGGACCAAUGUUCCGUAUAAAUAAUUAAGAUGUAACCAUUUAAUAGUCUGUAACAAUCAACCUCAGUAUUGUCACUACAAUAUUACAUUCUGCAAAUGUUAUUCUGUUGUAUCAGAUACCAGAUUUUAGUGAGGUAUCUCUAAGGCACAUAGUAGAAAACGAAAUUGGUUAAUUAUUCAAGUUCUUUUCACUGUGAUUUGGAAAUGAUUUGAUCUUUAUAGAACGAGACCCUUUUUUGGACUAGCUUUUUUAUUAAAAUGGCUCAGUUUGUGUUGAUAAAA